AUGUUAGAGCGAGGCAUAGGACAUUUUUUAUCUUGGGCCAGAGAAAACGGUGCGUUUUUAGAUUCUAGAAUAGAGUUCCAAUAUAGCAAACAAAAAGGAUAUUCGGCACUCAUACAUGAUUUCCUGAGUGGUGAAGAAUUGAUAAAGGUACCUAAACAGAUGGUUAUUGGGCCUCACCUAAAAGAACAAUAUUUGCCUGGGAUUAAUUAUGCACAUUCAGAUUCUUAUUUCACCAAUAAUGAAAUGACAAUCUUGUUAAUAUCAAAAUUAGCGUUCGAUACGUCGCUUAAUGAUAACCGCUUCAAACAGUAUUUUGAAAUCGUGCCUAAAGAUUUCAAUAUCCCCUAUUUUUGGAAUUCAAACGAAAUUGAUUUGGUGAAUGGAACCGAUCUUGAAUUAAUUUUCAAAACGAAUUUCAGUAAGCUAGUUACUGAAUGGCAUGAACUUAUGGAGCAGCUUAUUCAAGAUUCACUGGAGGAAAAGUUCAAGCAGCAAAUAUUACAAGAUAUGAAGUUUUACGACGAUAAUAUUGCUGGAAUAUCUUUAAACUAUCAUGGUGAAUUAUAUGAAUAUUUGAAUUGCGAAAACGAGUCUUGGACAAGCUUCAGAAAUUAUCUUUGGUCGUAUAGUAUUUUAACUUCAAGAGGUCUCCCAUAUAUCUUAUUGAAAAAUGAGAUAACCAGGGAUGAUAUACAGAAGGCAAUAUUAGUACCAAUAAUUGACCUCUUGAAUCAUAAGAAUGAUUAUAAAGUAAAAUGGAAUGGGCUUAAAGAGUCAAAAGGAAGUCAUGUCUCGUUUCAAAGUUUCGAAGAGGGAGAUAAAUUUGGUGAAUUAUAUAAUAACUAUGGUAAUAAAUCAAAUCUUCAACUUUUACUUGGCUAUGGUUUUGUGUCUGAAAACAACAAAUAUGAUGAGACAAGUAUUUCCUUAAAAGUGGACUCACAAGAACUCAUUAAAGAAGCAUUGAGAUAUAAAAUUUUGAUGAAUCAAAAUAAUGAUAACAAUGCAGAUAUUAGGUACUUGAAGGAUGGAAUUAAUUUUAAAAUUACUGCUGAUGAAGACUUACCUAGUAAUUUAGUCAAUUUUUUUGCUAUUUUAAGGCAAAUGAAAUUUGAAAGACAUGUCGGAAUAUCGCUAAGAAUGCAACUCAAUGGCACCGCUCAUUUAAAACAAGUUAUUGAAGGAAAAAUCCUACUUUUGAAAAGAAACUUUGUAUUGGGGCCUCAAGUUAAAAGUGGUGUCCAUGAAGUAGUUAAAGUCUACAGAAACGAGCAAAGAAAGCUUUUUCAGAAUACCUUAGAGUCUUUGCUAAAAUAUGAAAAAACCCUCUUAGCUGAUAAUAAGGCUCAUUUGCUCUCAUUGAAGACUAUAUUAAAAAAUGAUGUAUCUUUCAAAUCUUCUUUGAUCAAGAUUUUUAAGGUAUCUUCUUAUGAAGAAAUAUUAAAAAAAAAAAUUGUGAAUGAUGUUGUUCUUCUAUGGAUUGUAACACUUUCCAAAGAGAAAGUCUCCCUGCGCAAUCCAUAUUUCAAUACCCUGAUAAGAAAUCAAAUAAACUAUAUCUAUUCACAGAUUGAAGAAGUUUCUGAAGCAAUCGAUGUUAACGACGAAGAUGUAGAUGAGUAUAAACCAAAAGUUUCUACAUAUAUAUCCGAUAUAUUACAAAUUUGGCCCGAUAUGUUCAAGAAUAAAAUACACUUUAUCCGGCGAUAUGUAAUUGCUGAUACAGUUUUUGACAGGCUUAGUUAUUCAAGGCCAACUAAUGGAGAAUUAUUUAUUGUUCAAAAAGUCGAAGCUUUUGCAUAA